AUGCAAUAUUUAACUAUUACUUUAUCAAAUAUUUUUAUAUCCUGUUUAUUAUUUUUUCAAAAUGAAUGCCGUUAUCCGUGCCUAAAUGAUGGAGAACCAAUUUUGCUUGGACAAAAUAGCAAUGAAUUUCGUUGUGAAUGCUUGACGGGAUUCUUUGGGCCUUUUUGCGAGUAUCAGGAUACAAGUCAAUCCAUUAAAGAAAAACCGCCAAUUCCUACUUCAACCUCACUAUUCUCUCAUUCAGCCACCAAUAAUCUUGCAUCAAUUACUGCAGGCCAGCAACGUGGAUGGGAAACUACUUUUGUCAAUUUACUUAUUUGUGUAUUUUUCUUGUUGUUAUUGCCUUCAUUAGUAAAACAAUUUAAUAAUUUAUACAAAUAUUUUUUUUAUUAUUUUUGGUCAUUUAUGCAAUUCGGGUACUUUACUUGUUACUUAAACGAUGUCACACCUACUAUAAUAUUCAUCACCAAACAACAACAGCUACUACUACAAACACAAAUUGUAAUGGAAUUUUAAUUCAACAAAAUAAUCAACAACGUCCAACACCCCCACCCCAUUAUUGG